UCAAAAUGAUUGAUCAGUUCCAGGGUACAUGGAAAUCCAUUUCCUGUGAAAAUUUUGAAGACUACAUGAAAGAACUGGGAAUAGGAAGAGCCAGCAGGAAACUUGGUUGUCUGGCCAAACCCUUUGUGACUAUCAGUACUGUGGAAGAUAUAAUGACAAUAAAAACCAAAAGCAUCUUUAAAAAUAAUGAGAUCUCCUUUAAACUGGGAGAAGAGUUUGAGGAAAUCACGUCAAGUGGCCAUAAAACCAAAAGUAUGAUUACUUUAGAUAAUGACUGCUUGACUCAGAUUCAAGACUGGAAUGGCAAAGAGACCAUCAUAAAGAGAAAGUUGGUAGAUGGGAAAAUGGUGGUGAUGUGGAUCAGAGGCUUGAACCGGACUCCUUGUUCAUGGCAGGUAAUGUGUCUACUCAACCAAGUGAACCCAUCUCCUGGACCUAAUUUGGAAUUUUUUGGUUAUUACAAAUAAAAUUACUUGUAAGUACUUGUGCACAAACUUUUACAUGAAUGCUAACUUAAAAAAAAUUUUUUUUUUUUUUUAUGAGAAAGGUCGUGUCUGGGCCUUUUUUUUUUAAAAAAAAUUAUUUAUUCCCUUUUGUUGC